GAGUACUCUUCGUGUGUCAAGCCAAGCCAGAAGCAACUCGGCAGCAGGCACCGGCCCCAGCUGGGUGCUUCGAAGCUGAGCGCGAAGUUAAAUUUAUCUUAGUUCAACAACUUUGUCUAGCUUGCUUCGCCGCUGAUCUACGUACAGUCAUCUUCGCCAAAAAUGUCUCGACCGGCUACGCAGAGUGGUGCUUCGAAAUCCAAGCGCGGACCCGGGGAAGCCGGAAAGUUGUACUUGGCUGCGUACAAUUUUUUCCAGUGUGCCGGAUGGAGCUACAUACUGUUCUGCACACUCCAUCACCUGACGCAGAGGCGCACCUUCAAGGGCGUGUGGCCGGUGGUUUCCUGCCCCACCGAGUUAUUUCAGACGCUGGCGCUCCUUGAGGUGGUCCAUUGUCUUGUCGGUCUGGUGUCCAGCAAUGCCUUCCUGACACUCAUCCAAAUCCUCUCACGACUCAUGGUCGUCUGGGGCAUUCUUGUGCCUGUGCCUGAGUGCCAAGACCAGUUCGGCAUUCUGAUGCUGUUGGUUGCAUGGUGCCUGGCAGAGAUCACACGAUAUGCAUUCUACGGGACCACACUGUACAACUCGUGCCCAUAUUUGCUGUCCUGGUGCAGAUACUCCUUCUUUCUGGUGCUGUACCCAACAGGCGUGUCGGGCGAGAUUGUGACAAUGGUGGCAGCCUUGCCGUUCAUUCGCAAGCGGGGCCUCUUCACGUACUCUCUGCCAAACCACCUCAACUUCUCCUUUGAUUACUACGUGUUCGUCAUCCUUGUCAUUGCCUCCUACCUGCCCUUUUUUCCCCAGCUUUUCGGCCACCUUCUGAAGCAACGGAAACGGUUCCUGGCACCUGCUGACGAUUCCAAGAGGAUGUGAAGACAGGGGCUUUCCACCCCUGGGAUAAAGUUGCAUUAGUGGGACUGAAACAUGCACAGUGCAUCCUACAGACAAGUUAUUCCGAAGGGACUAUUGACCACAGCACAUUCCGGGCAAACAUGCGGUGAUUUUGUUUACACACGGAGUGUUUCAGUGCUUUGAUGCUACUUUCAGGCAACUUACUUCCAUGUUGGUGAAAGCGUGUCGUGAAGGGACCACAUGGUGGUUUCGGAUAACUUCAGUGAAAACAGCUGUUUGUUCUCAGUGUUUUUAAAAUAAAGAUUGACGGGGAGUCACCCUUCAAAACAA